UAUCCACCCGAGCUAGGAUGAGUGAAACACAAGCGAUGCUGUCAAAAUCAGGAAGUAGCUUUGUACGGCUUAUACCAUUAAUCUCGGAAACACAACUUUCUCUUUCUUUUGUGAUAAAAAAAUAAAUAGAAGUCCAGAUGUGUACUUAAUACAUCAUACGACUCAAGGCAUGCUCACCAAGCUCUUUUUGGAACAAGCAACGUGCAGACGGCAAUUACACUAAUGCUGAUGAUCAGUCCCAGAAUGGCUUCAGGAAUGCAAGAGAAACAGUUUACCCCAUCUUUACUCAACUUCUUCGUCUACAACCCUACAUUUGGACCACGAGAGGGGGAGGAGGAGAAGAAGAUCUUGUUCUACCAUCCCAGUGAGGUGGAGAAGAAUGAGAAGAUAAGAAACGUAGGCCUUUGUGAGGCCAUUGUACAGUUUACUAGAACAUUUUGUCCCACAAAGCCAGCCAAAUCCCUACAUACACAGAAGAACCGGCAGUUUUUCUUUGAGGCAGAAGACAGCUUCUGGAUAGUCAUGGUGGUGAGGAACCCUAUGGUAGAGAAGCCCAGCAAAGAUGGCAAGCCUCCCACAAUAGAAUACCACGAAGAGGAGAUACUGGACACUGUUUAUGGAGCUGUGUUAAGGCAGUGCUACAGCAUGUAUAAGCUCUUCAAUGGCACAUUUGGCCGAGCGAUGGAAGCUGGAGGGGUGGAACUACUCAUUCAGAAGCUUGAAAAGUUCUUCUACAGGUAUUUGCAGACUCUGCACCUGCAGUCGUGUGACCUCCUGGAUGUGUUUGGGGGCAUCAGCUUCUUCCCUCUGGACAAGAUGACCUACCUGAAAAUCCAGUCGUUUGUAAACAGGGUGGAGGAGAGUCUCAGCCUUGUCAAAUAUACGGCCUUCCUCUACAAUGACCAGCUCAUCUGGAGUGGUCUGGAGCAGGAGGACAUGAGAAUCCUGUACAAGUACCUGACUACAUCCCUGUUCCCCAGGCACUCUGAACCAGAGUUGGCUGGCAGGGACUCUCCCCUCAGACCUGAGGUGGCAGGAAAUCUGCUUCACUAUGGCAGGUUUCUGACAGGACCUGCAAACCUUAAAGACCCAGAGGCCAAAUUCCGAUUUCCCAAAAUCUUUGUGAACACAGCAGACAGUUGCGAGGAGCUGCACCUGAUCGUGUACAAGGCUAUGAGUGCGGCAGUUUGUUUUAUGAUCAACGCCUCUGUUGAGCUGACCAGGGACUUCUGUGAGCAGCUGGAUGGGCUCGUGGGGCCCCAGCUCACCCUACUGGCUUCGGACAUUUGUGAACAGUUCAACGUCAACCGCAGGAUAUCAGGGCCAGAUAAGGAGCCCCAGUUCAAGUUCAUCUACUUUAACCACAUGAACCUGGCGGAGAAGAGCACCAUCCACAUGAGGAAGACUGCCAGCGUGUCGCUCACCUCUGUCCAUCCAGACCUCAUGAAGAUCCUGGGCGACAUCAACUGUGACUUUGCCAGGGUGGACGAGGAUGAGGAGAUCAUUGUGAAGGCCAUGACGGAUUACUGGGUUGUGGGGAAGAAGUCUGACCAGAGAGAGCUGUACGUCAUCCUUAACCAGAAGAACGCCAACCUGAUAGAAGUGAACGAGGAAGUUAAGAGGCUCUGUGCAACACAGUUCAACAAUAUUUUCUUUUUGGACUGAAGGACAACUGAGACAAGCAAAGGAGAGAGAGAGACUGGCAACAAACGAGAGAGGGGGAGGGAGAGAAAGAGAGAGAGGGGGAGAGAAAGAUAGCCGAGGACUGUUUCAUCACACUAAAACUGUCAGCAUUGCAGGGUAUUAUGACAGCAUCAGUGUAAUGCAAUAAUUGCAUUGUAAAAAUAAUAAUAGAAAAGCUUUUCACUUCAUGUAAUUCUUUAGAUUUUUAUUUAAGCUAAAUGAAUUGUAAUUUUGAUUUUGUAAUUAGGUGUCAAAUCUCAAUUUUUACUGUACAUGUACGUACUUUUUUUGUACAUAUUUUGUCAUGUUUAAGGUCUCUGUUGUUUUGCUCUUUGUGACUUUGUUUAUAUACUGUUCUUUUCUUAUAGGACAUGCCCUGUCUUUGUCACUAAGUUAAUUUAAAUCUACAUACACAGACAACAUUUUUUCUUUUGGUUUUGUUGAUGGUAUUUUCUUUCAAAUUCAAUCAGGUCUAAAAUGUUAUGGUUUGUAAAAAAGGAGCCCCUAACUUUAAAUAAAUUAUAAUUUUCCUUCA